AAAUUGCAAAUUAACUUUGCCGCAAUAUGUAUAUGUGAUCAUUAUGUAGGUAUUUAAACGUUGUAAGCGGUAUGCUCCUCUCUAGCAUUAUGUUUAGAAUAAUGUAUUAAGCAUAAGCCAUCUUCAAGAAGGGCUCAAGAUAUGAGGAAUAAUGUCAAAGCGUUACUACAUCAGGAAUCAACUUAUGCCAUGUGAAGAGGAUUUUACCCAUGAGUUCAAAGGUCAUCGCAAUAUCUGUGUGGAGAACCUUCCACCUUGGACACAGGCAAAUGAAAAGCAAGACAGGGCUUCUAGAAGAGCAGUUUCCAGGACUCUGAAUGCGUUCCUGAACACGGGCAAAGGUGGGACAGCAUACCUGGGGGUCAUCGACAAUGGCCAAGUUAAGGGGCUUACUCUUUCAGUAUAUCAGAAAGCCCAUGUUCUGGGCAGUGUGUAUGACCUCAUGGCACGCUACAGGCCCCCUGUGAAGUCCCACCGUUACCAGGUCAGGUUCAUUCCCGUGUUUGACAGCCACAGUGAGGCACAAGCCAUACUGGAGAACAUGGUUCCUGAAGUGCUUGAAACUGACCUGCAAGAUAGGGCACAUUCAUUCCGGACACACGAUUACUGCUGGUGCGAUAAAGACAACGCCAUUAAGUACAAUGCUGGCAUCCUGCAACCAGACUAUGUGAUAGAGAUCUCAGUGCUUCCCUGGCUGACCUCUGACCCCAGGAACGUAGGAGAUGGGUGUGGCUCCUUCACCAACCUUCACCCGAUACAUGAAGACGAGGAGGGUAACUGCUUCUUCAGACGACAGGCCAGUCUCGUGCAGUACACAAUGACAGAGUUAGCACAGCUCACAAGACAUGAGGUGAAGGAACAAUGUCUGCAGACAAUUAAACAAUUAAAGGAAGAGAUAGCCGAGUUGGAAGCAAGAAAGGCAAAUAAAAUACCUGACUGAUCCCCAUCUGCAUAUGUCAGUUUUCUGUACUAAGACGGAAUUGAUUUACUGCAUUGAAUGUGGUCCAGCCUAGUUGUGCAAUUUUCAGAUGCCUGUUCAAGUAAUGUUCUGUUGCCAUUUUAACAGAGAUAAGACACCUGUUAGGUUUCUUGGCUACCUCGUUCAUGAAGUUUGUUUGCGAUUGUUUUGUUUUAAAGAACUUGUUGCAUAGUGUUUAUCAUGUUGAACAUUUUUGGAUCAUAGUUCAUAAAUAAUGUUAAAAUAUAUUACAUGUCAAUGUUUCUAAUUUAUUUAGGAAGUUUUAUUAAAAAACACCUGGGUUUUGUUCUUGUGUUGCCACAUUAUUAAUCCUUGUUGACAAAACAAUAUGUUUGUGAUGGUUUGUAUGGUUGUAAACAUGUUACUUACCUGUUAAAAAAAUAUAUAUUGAUAAAAUUUGCUGUUGAUAAAACAGUGAAACAUA